GGCGCACUUUCUCCUCAGCGCCGGGCGGCGGCGGCGGCGCCCUCCUCAGCGCCGUCCCGACCGUGCGGAUAGCGGCCGGCCGGCGCGAGACGCGGCCGCGGCGGGAUCCGGGGCCGCCCGCCGGCGGCUUCCCCCGCGGACAACUUCUCCGCCGCGGCUCUCCCGCGCCGCGCCCCUGCCCGCGUCCUCCCGCGCGGACCCGCGGAGCCGCCGGCCCCCGCCCCGCACCGCACCUGGGCGCCCGGGAGGGCCCCGCUCGGCAGGCCGGCCUCGCCGGGACCCCGGGCCGCCGGGGCGCGGGGGGCUCGCGGGCGGCCCUCGGCAUGGCCGUGUGGGGCGACGCGGCGCCCGGCCCUGCGCGCGCGGGCCCGGGGUGGCUGUGGCGGGGGGCGGCGGCCGCGACCCUGCCCGGAGCUGCGGAGACCCCCGCCCGGGACCCGGCGCCCGCGGGGAAGCGCGGCGGGAGGAGGACAAAGUUCCCCGGGAGCUGUCGCCGAGCCUGGUGGGCGUUGCUGCUGCUCCAGCUGCACCUGUCCCGGGCCCUGGCCCAAGAUGAUGUUGCACCAUAUUUUAAAACGGAACCAGGCCUGCCACAGAUUCACUUGGAAGGGAAUCGGCUUGUUCUCACCUGCCUUGCUGAAGGGAGCUGGCCGUUGGAAUUCAAGUGGAUACGUGAUGACAGCGAACUCACUGCCUAUACCAGCGAAUAUAAGUAUAUUAUUCCAUCUUUGCAGAGACUGGAUGCUGGGUUUUACCGCUGCAUUGUACGAAACAGAAUGGGAGCUCUCUUGCAGAGAAAAUCAGAAAUUCAAGUUGCAUAUAUGGGAAAUUUCCUGGAUACAGACCAGAGGAAAAUGGUUUCUCAAGGACAUGCAGCAGUUCUGAACUUCCUGCAAAUGACCAGCUGCCCCCGGCCACAAGUGACUUGGUUUAGAGAAGGGCACAAGAUCAUUCCAAGCAACAGAAUAGCCAUCACCCUGGAGAAUCAGCUGGUCAUCCUGGCCGCCGGGGCUGGGGAUGCCGGAGCAUACUACGUCCAGGCCGUCAACGAGAGAAACGGAGAGAACAGGACAAGCCCGUUCAUAUAUUUGAGCGUAGCAAGAGAUGCUGGCAUGCCCGAAACCAUGGCCCCGGUGAUCGUGAUUCCUCCAGGCAACAGAAGCGUGGUGGCUGGAACCAGCGAGGCCACCUUAGAGUGCAUAGCCAAUGCCAGGCCUGUGGAUGAGCUCACUGUGACCUGGAAGAGAAACGGGGUGAGAGUCACCAGCGGGCUGCACAGCUUUGGGAGACACCUCACCAUCAGCAACCCCACGUCUGCCGACAUGGGCAUGUAUGUCUGCGAGGCAGCCCUGCGAGGCAGCACCUCGGAGCCAGCCAGGGCACAAGCCUUUCUUUCCAUCACAGAGCCGCCCUAUUUUACUGCUGAGCCAGAGAGUCGGAUUUUAGUUGAAGUGGGAGAAACCGUGGACAUCAUCUGCCAAGCGAUGGGGGUCCCUCUUCCCGUCCUUCAGUGGUACAAGGAUGCCAUUUCCAUCAGCAAGCUCCAGAAUCCUCGAUACAAAGUGCUCUUGAGUGGAGGCCUCCGCAUCCAGAAGCUGCGUCUGGAAGACUCUGGAAUCUUCCAGUGCUUUGCCAGUAAUGAAGGAGGGGAGAUCCAGACCCACACCUACCUGGAUGUGACCAACAUUGCUCCGGCGUUCACACAGCGGCCAGUGGACACCACGGUUACAGACGGAGCCACAGCCGUUCUCACAUGUGAAGUGUCCGGGGCUCCGAAACCCGCCAUCACGUGGAGGAGAGGGAGCCAGAUUUUGGCCAGUGGCUCUGUCCGGAUUCCUAGAUUCAUGCUUCUUGAAUCGGGGGGUCUUCAGGUCACCCCCGUCUUCAUCCAGGAUGCUGGCAACUACACGUGCUACGCCACCAACUCGGAGGGCUCUCUGGACGCCUCGGCGACGCUGACCGUGUGGAAUCGAACUUCCAUCGUGCGCCCUCCCGAGGACUCCAUGACGAUUAAGGGCACGGCGGCCACCCUGCACUGCGGGGCAGCGCACGACCCCCGAGUCUCCAUCCGCUACGUUUGGAAGAAGGACAACGUGAUCCUCAACCCAUCCAGCAGCUCUAGAAUCGUGGUGGAGGAAAACGGCUCCCUCCUCAUCAGCCAGACGUGGUCAGGCGACAUCGGAGACUACACCUGCGAAAUCAUUUCGGAAGGCGGGAACGACUCCAGGAUGGCACGACUGGAAGUGAUUGAACUGCCGCACUCGCCGCAGAACCUCCUGGCCAGCCUGAGUCCCUCCCGCGGCCGCGCCGUGGCGCUCUCCUGGGUGCGGCCCUUCGACGGCAACAGCCCGGUUCUGCGCUACGUCGUGGAGCUGUCUGAAAACAACUCUCCGUGGAAAGUGCAUCUGUCAAACGUUGGCCCCGAGCUGACAGCCGUCACCGUGAGCGGGCUCACUCCCGCCCGCACCUAUCAGUUCAGGGUGUGCGCAGUCAACCAAGUGGGCAAGGGCCAGUACAGCACGGAGACGAGCAGAUUGAUGUUACCCGAAGAACCACCUAGUGCCCCCCCGAAAAACAUCGUGGCCAGUGGGCGCACCAAUCAGUCCAUCAUGGUCCAGUGGCAGCCGCCCCCGGAGACGGAGCACAACGGGGUGCUGCGUGGCUACGUCCUCAGGUACCGCCUGGCCGGGCUGCCCGGGGAGCACCAGCAGAGGAACAUCACCAGCCCGGAGGUGGCUUACUGCCUGGUGACCGACCUCAUCAUCUGGACCCAGUACGAGAUCCAGGUGGCCGCCUUCAACGGGGCCGGCCUGGGCGUGUUCAGCAGGGCCGUGGCGGAGUACACCUUGCAGGGAGGACACCUGCCCGGAGCAGUGCCCACCGCGCCCCCGCAGAACGUGCACGCAGAAGCCGUGGACGCCACCACCGUGCGGUUCCUGUGGAGCCCCCCUCCGCAGCAGUUCAUCAACGGCAUCAACCAGGGGUACAAGCUCCUAGCGUGGCCAGCAGCUGCCCCGGAGGCUGUCACUGUGGCCACCAUUGCUCCAGACUUCCAUGGCGUCCACCACGGGUCCAUAACCAACUUGAAGAAGUUCACGGCCUACUUCACUUCCGUUCUUUGCUUCACCACUCCUGGGGACGGGCCUCAGAGUGCACCUCAGCUCGUGUGGACUCACGAAGACAAGCCAGGGGCCGUGGGCCACCUGAGUUUCACCGAGAUUCUGGACACAUCUCUCAAGGUCAGCUGGCAGGAGCCCGUGGAGAAAAACGGCAUCAUCACAGGUUACCAGGUCUCCUGGGAGGUGUACGGGAAAAACGACUCUCGCCGCACACACGCCCUGAACAGCACGACUCACGAGUACAAGAUCCGAGGGCUGUCGUCGCUCACCACCUACACCAUCGACGUGGCCGCUGUCACCGCCGUGGGCGUCGGGCUGCCCACCUCCUCCACCAUCGCCUCCGGGGUCCCCCCAGAACUUCCCGGUGCCCCGUCCAACCUGGUCAUCUCCAACAUCAGCCCUCGCUCAGCCACUCUUCAGUUCCGACCUGGCUAUGACGGAAAGACGUCCAUCUGCAGGUGGAUCGUGGAGGGCCAGGUUGGAGCCAUCGGCGACGAGGAGGAGUGGGUGCUCCUCCACGAGGAGGAAAACGAGCCAGACGCCCAGAUGCUGGAGAUCCCUGACCUCACGCCCUACACACAUUACAGAUUCCGCAUGAGACAAGUGAACAUCGUCGGCGCGAGUCCCUUCAGCCCGUCGUCUCGGGUCAUCCAGACGCUGCAGGCCCCGCCGGACCAGGCCCCAGCCAGCGUCCGCGUCCGGACGGCGAGCGAGACCAGCCUGUGGCUCCGCUGGGUGCCGCUGCCUGACUCCCAGUACCACGGGAGCCCCGAGUCCGUGGGCUACAGGAUCAAGUACUGGCGCUCGGACCUGCGGGCCUCGCCACUGGCCCAGGUGCUCCAGGACCCGCUGGGAAGGGAGUGCACCGUCGAGGGGCUGGAGGAGUGGACGGAGUACGAGCUGCAGGUGCAGGCCUUCAACGCCGUUGGCGCCGGGCCCUGGAGCGCGGUGGUGCGCGGCCGCACGCGGGAGUCAGUUCCUUCAGCUGCCCCUGAAAAUGUGUCAGCGGAGGCCAUCAGCUCUACGCAGAUUUUGCUGACGUGGGCGUCCGUCCCUGAGCAGGACCAGAACGGGCUCAUCCUGGGCUAUCGGAUCCUGUUCCGGGCCAAAGACCUGGACCCCGAGCCGCGCAGCCUCGUCGUGCGGGGGAACCACUCGCGGUCUGCCGUGCUGGGGGGCCUGCGCAAGUUCGUGCUGUAUGAGCUGCAGGUGCUGGCUUUCACCCGCAUCGGGAACGGGGUCCCCAGCUCGCCCCUCGUUCUGGAGCGCACCAAGGAUGACGCUCCUGGGCCGCCGGUGAGGCUCGUGUUCCCCGAAGUCAGGCUGACGUCCGUGCGGGUCGUGUGGCAGCCGCCGGAGGAGCCCAACGGCAUCAUCCUGGGCUACCAGAUCGCCUACCGCCUGGCCAGCAGCAGCCCCAACACGUUCACGGCCGUGGAGGUCGGUGCCACGGUGCGGCAGUUCACGGCCACUGAUCUGGUGCCCGAGUCGGCGUACGUCUUCCGGUUAUCCGCCAAGACGAGGCAAGGCUGGGGGGAGCCGCUGGAGGCCACCGUCCUCACCACCGAGAAGAGAGAGCGGCCGGCACCCCCCAGAGAGCUGCUGGUGCCCCAGGCGGACGUGACGGCGCGCAGCCUCCGGCUCCAGUGGGUCCCGGGCAGCGACGGGGCCUCCCCGCUCCGGUACUUCACGGUGCAGGUGCGGGAGCUGCCUGCAGGCGACUGGCUCACCUACUCCUCGUCCAUCAGCCAUGAGGCCACGGCCUGCGAGGUGGACAGGCUGAGGCCCUUCACCUCCUACAAGCUGCGCCUGAAAGCCACCAACGACAUCGGGGACAGUGCCUUCAGUGCUGAGACAGAGCCCGUGACCACUCUGCAGGACGUCCCGGGUGAGCCUCCAGGCUUCGUCUCCGUGACCCCGCACACCACAUCCUCCGUCCUGGUGCAGUGGCAGCCCCCGAGGGACGAAAGCCUGAAUGGCCUUCUCAUGGGCUACAGGAUCUACUACCGGGAGCUGGGCCCCGAGGCCGGGCCGGGCCCCGAGGCCAAGACGGUGAAAAGCCCUUCGGCGCUCAGAGCCGAGCUGACAGCCCAAAGCAGCUUCAAGACUGUGAACAGCAGCUCGGCGCUCACAUCCUAUGAACUAACACAUCUGAAGAAAUACAGGCGCUACGAGGUGAUCCUCACGGCCUACAACAUCGUCGGCGAGAGCCCGGCCAGCGCGCCCGUGGAAGUCUUCGUCGGCGAGGCCGCUCCAGCGAUGGCCCCACAGAACGUCCAGGUGAACCCCCUCACGGCCAGCCAGCUGGAGGUCACGUGGGACCCGCCACCCCCGGAGAGCCAGAACGGGAACAUCCAGGGCUACAAGAUUUACUACUGGGAGGCCGAUGGCCAGAACGAAACGGAGAAGAUGAAGGUCCUGUUCCUGCCCGAGACGGCGCUGAAGCUGAAGAACCUGACCAGCCACACCCGCUACCUGGUGGGCAUAGCCGCCUUCAACGCCGCCGGGGACGGGCCCAGGAGUGACCCCAGGCAGGGCCGGACCCACCAGGCAGCCCCGGGUGCCCCGAGCUUCCUGGCGUUCUCGGAAAUAACCUCCACCACUCUGAACAUCUCGUGGGGCGAGCCGGUGGCAGCCAACGGGGUCCUGCAGGGCUACCGGGUGGUGUACGAGCCCCUGGCACCUGUCCAAGGGGUGAGCAAGGUGGUGACAGUGGACAUCAAAGGCAACUGGCAGCGCUGGUUGAAGGUGCGGGAUCUCACGAAAGGAGCCACCUACUUCUUCCGUGUCCAGGCGCGGACCAUUGCCUACGGGCCCGAGCUGCAAGCCAACGUCACAGCCGGGCCAGCCGAGGGGUCCCCGGGGUCCCCAAGGGAUGUCUUGGUCACCAAGUCCGCCUCUGAUCUGACCCUGCAGUGGACAGCGGGCAGCGCCGGCACCGCGCCCACCACAGGCUACGUCAUAGAGGCCAGGCCGUCAGAUGAAGGCCUGUGGGACAUGUUCGUGAAGUCCAUCCCCCGGAGUGCCACGUCCUACACGGUCAGCCUGGAUAAGCUCAGGCAAGGGGUGUCGUACGAGUUCCGGGUGGUGGCUGUCAACGAGGUGGGCUACGGCGAGCCCAGCAGCCCCUCCACAGCCGUGUCAGCUCAAGUGGAGACCCCAUUCUACGAGGAGUGGUGGUUCCUCGUGGUGAUGGCGCUCUCCAGCCUGAUCGUCAUCCUGCUGGUCGUGUUCGCCCUGGUCUUGCACGGACAGAGAAAGAAAUACAAGAAGUGCAGUGCAGGUAAGGGCGUCUCCACCGCGGAGGAGUCCGUGACCCUGGAUAACGGAGGGUUCGCCGCCCUGGAGCUCAACAGCCGCCACCUCAGCGUCAAGAACACCUUCUCCAAGAAGAACGGCGCCAGGUCCCCGCCUCGGCCCAGCCCAGGAGGCCUGCACUACUCGGACGAGGACAUCUGCAGCAAGUACAACGGGGCCGUGCUGACCGAGAGCGUGGCUCUCAAGGAGAAGGCCACAGACGCAUCCGAGUCCGAGGCCACCGACUCCGACUUCGAGGCCGAGCUGCCCAAGCGCUCCUUCGUCAACCACUACCUGAGCGACCCCACCUACUACAACUCGUGGAAGCGCCGGCCCCGGGGCGGCCAGGUGCCCGGGCCCUACGGGUACGAGGAGCGCGCGGCCGGGGAGGCCGGCGCCUGCUUCCCGACGGUGGUCACCACGCAGCGCUCGUGCCCGCAGCCCGGCGCCCGGACUCCGCUCACCGGCUUCUCCUCCUUCGUCUGAGCGGCGUGGGCCAAGCGCUGGGCUCCGCCGGGGAGGACGGUGCAGACGUGGAUGCGUCUAUUUUUUUUAAGACAAUCAACUCCGAUAACUGAGCUGAAGUUUUUGUUUCAGAGAAAAAGAAAAUUCUGCUAAGUGAUGAUUUUAACCACUUGUGAGUAAUAGAUUUCAAUCCAAGAGGUUUUUUUAAUGGCUUUUUGUAGCAUCACUGCAGGAAGCAGAUUUCUUUGUUUUCUUUGCUCUUUAAGAGAAGGUGUCUUUCACCGGUGCGACAGCUUGGCCACGCUGUGACUUGGGAGAGUCUCAAACACCGGCCCCACCUCCCUCCCCAGUCCCAGGUUUCUCCGCUGGGGGCCGGAGGGUGGCAAGGGCGGGAGGGCUCAGCAAGAUCUCGGGAUUGCCUCCCGGCCAGCUCCUUUCUCUCUUCUGCCGCCUCUUCCGGAGGACAACCUGUCUUGUGACGUCGUCUGGCUCAUGGCUCAGCCUGGGGUUUGUGCAGCCAGUGUUUUAUCUGGGCUCCGUGCUUUUUGAACCAACUUCUCCCAUUUCCAGAAUAGUCUCAUUCAGCAGUUUGUAGGAGAGAAAUCAGCUUUCAGGAUCCAGGCAUCAGGGCAAAAUGACUCAAGGGUCUCGGUCAUUUGUCCCCGUUGGGAGGCAGCUGUUGCGUUCUCUGUCAUUCCAGUGGUGAAAACCUCCAGGGCUUUGUUUUCUUUAGACCUGAUGGUUGGGGAACAGGAGCCUGCCCACGGCUGGAAGCCACCACCGUGGUCCUUGGCCAGCUAGUUUCUUCACGUGAGCCCACAGCACACUGCCAACUCUGCUAAAUGAAAG